AUGGGAAGCAGCGGCACGAGGCAGUCGGCGGUGACAACGACCAGAACCCUAACCCUAGAUCCAACAGCUUCGUCAUCGCAACCGCCAGAGGUAUUGGUCUUGCGGCUCAAUCGGAAGAAGAAGAAGGUGACAUGGAAGGAAGGAACCGUGGACAACGAAUUUAUGAACAAGAAAAGUUCGAAGAAGUGCUGCAUAUUCCACAAAGAAAAACCAUUCGAUGAGGACGACAGCGACGAUGAUGAUCAUGCUGUCGGUCCUUCCAAGAAGGUUGAUCAUCACCAUGACGGCGGUGGUGAUGAUGUAGAAUGGAAUGGAAUGGGAUUGAACGAGAAUGAAGAUUAA